AUGUCUAACAGAAAAGACGAGAGCCCGACAAAGACCACACGUGCCAUAUUGGUAGAUAGAAAGACAGACGACAAGACUCAAUUGUGUGAAGCCAUGUCAGCGAGUGAGGAGUAUAAUACCAGCUUGAAUCUCGCAGUUAAAGAUGUCGUGCUCAGAUGGGAGACACAGCUAUUGACUCUCGUUGCCUCGGUGGCAGCAUCAUGCCAUUCAACAGAAGACAUGGACAUAAUCUCCGCGUGA